AUGGGUCAAAGUGAUCUCGAUGGGCAAAUUGAAAAACUCCGUAAAUGCGAAUUGAUCUCAGAAAAUGAAGUAAAAGAACUUUGUCGAAAAGCUAGGGAAGUUUUGAUAGAAGAAGGUAAUGUUCAAAGAGUGGACGCGCCCGUAACCAUAUGUGGUGACAUACACGGGCAAUUUUAUGAUCUUAAAGAAUUAUUUAAAGUCGGUGGUGAUUGUCCGGAUACGAAUUAUCUGUUUUUAG